AUGCCUUAUGAACCCAUUCAAAAUCUCAUCCACGAGGACAAGAAUGCCGAUGAAGUAUUUGAUCCGCCGUAUUUGAUUGCGGACGGCGACGACGCCCCAGCGCGUCAUCCGACACUCAAGCGCCUCUGGCGUCAAGGAACCGAAAGCCGUCGGUUGAUGGAGGAAAGCCAAAGUUUCACCAUCGGAGUGGCCUUCAAGAUUCACACAAACGACAUCGUGGAGGUCACCCCGGGAAUGGUGAAAGCCUCGUCUACUUCAAAAGUGACUGCCGCGAAAAAACGAGCGCCACCACCUCUGAAGUACGCCAUCAUCAACUCUGCCGAUUUCAAGGAUGGACAGGUCUUAGACUUCAAAGUCUUCCUGUACGGAAAGUCUUUGAAGGAGUUCAAGGGGUUGGUUGGCGACAUUUGUGACCGUUACUUCAUUGGGAUCAAGAAGGUGGUCCUCAAGAGCGCGUUGACCCCCUUGCUGAAUUGGAAUGCAAGUGUUGGAUCAAAAAAAACAAAAUUGACUGAUUUCAAGUCUUAUCAAGAGUUUGUAGUCCACUUGGGCAAAAGUCGAAGCUCAAAAGGUCUCAUCAAUAUCACGCUUGAGAAACCCCAAAUCAAGGCGAAGAAAAAUGCUCAGCGUGAUGGGAUCACCUCCCGCGGUAUUCCACCGAACACCACCGAGUACAAUAUGAGUGUUGACAACCGAGUCAAGAGGCGUUACCCCAAUCCUUCACCAAGUGUCAACGUUUCGAGCUCAAGGCAACGACAGCAACGAAAUUUUUUUGCAAACCCUCCUGCAGACGAAGUGAAGGUCAAGCAAGAACCUAUCAGUCCAUCCACCUCGAGACGCACUUUGGAAGCGUCCUCUUCUCGCACCCGAGUGACGGCCCCCAAGAAAGUCAAGUUGGAAGAAUCUUCCGGAAUGACGCCUGGGAAAUCCAUCUCCCUUCUCACGGACGAGGAAGUCCCGAAAUCCGAGCCUUACGUUUCCAACUCCGAUGUCGAAUUUGUGGUCACCCAUGCCACACUUUUGGACGACUUCUUGUUGGAAUGUGAUGUUCCCCGGACUGACCUCGCCACUCGCUCGGUCUUGCGCAAGGCUCAAGUCACAUCUUGGACAGAUCUCAUCCCAAGCGUGCAAAUGACCGCCAAUGUCCUCACGGGUCAUGGAAUGCCAUUCCAAUUAGCCAGUCGCCUCAUUGAAGCUGUGGAAGAGGCGAAUGCUCAAUAUGAAUAUUUGCCUCAUUGA